GGGGAAAAAUGGGAGGUUAGGGGUGAAAUAUGAUCAUCCUGGGGAACAAGACUCCAGAGGUUUGAUGAUUAAGCGUCAAGACUGGCUUAGACCUGGGGGGGCAAAACCAAAAGUGGUCGAGGAGAGGCUACUCUCCAGCCAGGUAGGGCAAACUCCUCCAGAGAUGGAGUGGAAACUUGAGCGCACCGCCCGGAGGAGGGUCCGGACCGGAGAAGAGAUCCUAUGGGAGGAGGUCAUGCGGGUGCUCGCCAAAGACAUGAAACAGAAGAGAGGUCAAGAUUCUCCCAAGGUAUUUGAUGCAGUUAAUCCAACAUACUCUAACUUCAAGAGCAACUUUGCGAAGAGGCUAUCGGCUGAAGUUCCUGUUGCCAGUAGCCCAAUUACCACAAGAUGGCGGCAAAGCCAAACCAGGGAUGUGGCAGCCCAUUCCUUUGGGGGAGAGCAUUCAACAGCUGACCUCCCAGAAACUGUGCUGAAGAUAACUCCUGAGAAAGAGACCUUGAUUCCAGGAUCCUACAAAGAGCCACCGAAGACCCCCAACAAAGGAAGUUUUGAAACAAAUAGCUCUGCUCUCCAUUUUUGCAAGGCACCUCAUGCACUGGAUGGAGGCAAGAGGAAAACUGUUGCCUCAAAAGGCCAGAAAUGCUUAAACCGGCUAUUAUCGACCCAGAAAGUGGCUCAGCAGGUUAAUGGGAAAAUGCAGCUCUGCGAGCAAUCCCAAUGCAUUUGGAAAGGCUGCAGUGAUGGAGUCAGAGAUGAAUACUUCCACAUUCAAAGGUUCAGUGAUAUAAACUAUUCCAUACUCCAACCAGAGGUGAAGAUUCAUCUUACCGCUCUUCGAAAUGACUAUUAUCUGAAUAUCCUAGACUGGAAUUUGCAAAAUCUUGUUGCUAUAGCCCUUGGAUCUUCUGUAUACAUCUGGAAUGGGGAUAAUCACAAUACGAUUGAAAAUAUAGACUUAAGUGUCACUUGUAACUAUAUAUCUUCUGUGUCCUGGACAAAAGAGGGAACCUGCCUGGCAGUUGGCACCAGCGAGGGAGAAGUGCAAUUAUGGGAUGUGGUCACUAAAAAGCGACAGAGAAAUAUGCUUGGUCAUUUGUCAGUAGUUGGGGCUCUAAGCUGGAAUAACUACAUCCUUAGCAGUGGGUCGAGACUGGGCCGUGUUUAUCAUCACGAUGUUCGGGCAGCCCAGCACCAUGUUGGAACUCUUCACCACAAGCAAGCUGUGUGUGCCCUGAAGUGGUCGCCGGGUGGCAGGCUGCUUUCCAGUGGCUGUAGUGACGGACUGCUGACUAUAUGGCCCCAUGAUCCAGGUGUGAAUGCACAGGGUCACCCGCUAAACGUCAUACCCCAACCUACAGCAGUCAAGGCCAUGGAUUGGUGUCCCUGGCAGUCUGAAAUCCUCGCUGUUGGAGGAGGAAUGAAGGAUGGACACUUACACAUCCUGGACAUCAAUACUGAGCAGAGCAUCCAGGCCCCAAGCACAAACUCACAGAUUUGUUCCCUAAUCUGGCUACCUAAGACAAAGGAGAUCGCAACUGGCCAAGGGUCUCCUAAGAAUGAUGUGACUGUGUGGUCCUGUCCUGCUCUGGCCAGGUCACGUGGCUUUUUUGGCCACCGAGGCAGAGUGCUGCACCUGGCUUUGAGUCCAGACCAGACCCGGGUUUUUUCUGCCGCAGCUGAUGGCACGGCCUGUGUGUGGAAUUGCUGCUAGUCACUCAGCCCCUCUCAGCUUCAGCUUCCUGAUUUCUACGUGAGAAUAAUGAUGUUGGCCUUGCCUUCUCCAUGGUGUGGUCAUGAGGCUCAAACAAGAUGCCGUGCUUUUCCUGAGGUGAAUGCCUGUUCUCCCGACCUUCCUUCUCAGGUUACUUCACUUGCUCUGCUUCGUUCCAUUGCAUUUCCCAGACACCGUCUCUGACUCUAUGCUUCUCUCUCUGAUUUCCCCCUCCUCUUCCCCUUUUCUUCUUCUUCUCUCUCUGUCUUUUCCUCGUUAGAGGUGCAUUUUCACUGCUAUAGUCACAAGACUAUCUACAGCAAAGAUUUCUAAACGCUUCUUUGUCGCUCGGCUUUUCUCCCAAGCUCCAGCCUCAUACUUGUUUGUCUCUGGAUAUUUCUUUUCUGAGAUAUUUUUUUUGUCUUUAGCUCAAACUCAAUACAUUAAAAACACAACUUAUUCACUUGAAAAACAUUGAUUAAAGUGCUGCUCUAUGUUAAGCAUGCGUAUUAUUUCCUCUCAAAAAGAGGACUUCUGUGGGACUCCCUUUUCUCUUAUCAUGGUGUCAUCUUUAUCCUGGUCCUCCCAUUACUCAGGGAGCCUCCUGGUUAUUCAGUUUACCCCUUGUUCUCUGUUUGUUGUUUUACCCUUGUAAUGUCCUGCAUACCUGAUGACCAGUUUGUAGUAAUUGCCUUCUAACUGGCUUCCUGUCUUUAUUCUUCAUGGGUCUCCACGUUACUGCUAGGUUACAUUUCUAAAAGCAUCGUGCUGGUCCUCCCGUCCCCUGCUCAUAGACUCUCAAUGACUCCCAUGACCUAACCCCCUAGGCCUCCACCUCGGAGUCCUGAGCCCAGAACCUGAAGUUGGGGACCUGUACCAGUUAUGGCUCUGCCAUAAACUUGCUGAGUGACCUUGGGUAUGUCACAACAUUUGCAAGAAUAGGAAUUUGGAUUUGAUAACUGCUAAGGUUUCUUCAAGCUUGAUCAGACCACUGUUCUAUCUUUUUUUUUUUUUUGCGGUACG